AUGCCACUUAAUUACUUGUUGGCCUCAGGUCAUUUUUCUCCGGAAGUGGGCACAUAUUCCCACAAUAUUCUAAUUAUCUAUUAAGUAUCAUUACGAUUCAUAAAUAAAUAACAGCACACAAAGCGUGGAAACACUGUGGCCGAAUGUACAGUUUGACUAUGGCUUUCACGAAGAUAGGGCUCGUAUGGCUUGUUCUAGUGCUGUUUGUCUGCGGCACCAACAGUCAGGCACAGACGGACACAAGAUCUAUUGACGAGAUCAUCGCCGAAUCUGCCAACUCAAGUCACCAGUUUGACUUUAUGCUGCACGAGAACAGUACAACCAUCACCAUGGAGCUUGACAUGGUGUUCCCCCUAAGGCAGUGGGCGGAGAUAGUGCAGCUAAACUCCUCUACGUCUGGACCUGGUACCAGGCACAAGAGAAAGGGCAUCCGGUUUGGCCGUGGUGGGAACAAGUGGACCCGUAACACAGUCCCUUAUGAGAUCGCAUCAGGCACAUUCAACAGUGGACAGCGAGGGGAGAUCAUGGCGGCCCUCCAGGACUGGAUGAGAUACACCUGCCUCACCUUCCGACCGGCCACCAUCAGGGACAACAACAGGAUCCGCUUCCAGAACGGUGGCGGUUGUUUUUCCAACGUGGGCAUGGUCGGUGGAACUCAGACAGUGGGCCUCGCUUGGAGCUGCAGAGUGAAAAGUAUUAUCAUCCAUGAAGUGGGUCAUGCGGUUGGGUUCCACCAUGAGCAGACCCGCCCCGACCGUGACCAGUACGUGACCAUCAACUACGCCAACAUCCCCAGUGGGGUCAAAUACAAUUUCCAGCGUUACACAACCAACGUCAUCAACGACCGCGGGGUGCCGUAUGACUACUACAGCAUCAUGCACUACGGUGGCAAGCAUUUUGAACAACACGUCCCUGUCGAGCAUGCCGAUUCCAGUGUUAGGAUAUACUCCAGCAACAUGUCGCAUGCUGUGCUGACAUUGAUGCUUUUUUCGAGGAAUGGUGGAUACACUAUCAUCACGAAGCAGAGCAAAUAUCAGAAUGUCAUCGGCAGACAACAAGGCCUCAGCUUUAAUGACAUCAAGCUGGCGAAUAAGAUGUACAGCUGUGGAGGUCAAUGUAACAAGCGAGACAGCGAGUGUCCUGGGAGUGGAUUCGUAGGUAAGGAUUGCCAGUGCUGGUGUCCCGGAUCUCCCUAUAGGGUAUGUAGUGGAGAGGUACUGGAACCGGAACUGGCACAGGGACUGGAACCGGAACUGGCACGGGGACUGGAACCGGAACUGGUACGGGAACCGGAACCGGAACUGGUACUGGUACUGGUACGGGUACAGGAACUGGAACCGGUACUGGCACAGGAACUGGAACCGGUACUGGAACAGGCACAGGAACUGGAACUAGAGUGCAUCAUUCCCGGCGGCAAGGGGAAGUGGCAUCUUAAUAUACUUGCCACGGAGAUACAUGUUCUUCGGGCGGACUGUCGAUCUUGUCGAGACAGAAACAACCAGUGUGCGGGGUGGGCCCGCUUGGGGGAGUGCCGAAACAACCCCGCCUACAUGCUGGUCUACUGCAAGCGAUCCUGCAACCGCUGCGGCCGUGGUGGUGGAGGACCCACGUCAUGUCGCGACCUGAGCCGGUACUGCAACUACUGGUCAAGAAUCGGCCACUGCAACAGCUACAGCUACCGCACCUACAUGGCCACCAACUGCAGGGCGUCCUGCAACUUGUGCUCAUCUAGAACCAACACGGCGACGUCAUCGUCAAGGACGUCAAGCAACGUGACGUGCAGGGACACCAACGGCAGCUGCUCCUACUGGGCCAGGAUUGGCGAGUGUUCCCGUAACCGCCCCUACAUGCACCAGAACUGUAGAGCGUCAUGCAGGCUGUGCGGGGCAGCCAGAAACAUGGUCUACUCGUAUCACUCGUACUAUGGGCGAUAAAUAUAUACAUGGCUGUUACACCUUGAAAAAAAAUCAAUAAAGAUUUAUAUUAAGAUUAA